AGGGGAAUUUUGUUUUUGAAGAUGCAGUAUGAAACUUUGGAUGAACUAAUGGCGGGCAAGAAGCUGUCGUUUAUUAACGGGGAGAUUAAUUCAAUGAAUGUGGAACAGUUGAGAGUGUUGCUGAGUUCGGUCGGGAUGGACCCGAAUGGUCCUCGAUCCGUGCUCCAAAAACGGUUGAAAGAUCGCGUCCGUCUCCUGCAUUUCGGAUACGACAAAUUCUCAGUCUACGACCCAACCAAAGUCCAUGUGUUCUACGACUGCUUGGUCGUCGUCGACUUCGAAUGUACUUGUGUGGAAAACGAGUUUUCAAACCCGAAAGCGAUUUGGUCGACCGAUUACAAGUAUGAAAUCAUAGAAUUUCCUGCGAUUUUGGUGGAUUGCGCCACGCUGACAGUAACGUCCGAAUUCCACGAAUUCGUUCGUCCUUCUUUGAACCCGGUGCUUUCUGAAUAUUGUGUCGAGUUGCUCGGCAUCAAGCAGGACCAGGUUGAUCGUGCUCGGUCUUUCCCCGACGUGUUGACCGAUUUCAAUGCGUGGCUCAGUGAGAAAACACGAGGCAAGAAGUUUGCUCUGGUGUCCGACGGGCCCACAGAUUUUGGAAAGUUUUUCUUCCAGAACUGUCGCAUUCACGACCUACCUGUACCAAAAUUUGCCAAGAGCUGGGUGAAUGUGAAGAAAAUUUUUGGGAACCAUUACGAUGUGAGACAACGGCGGUUAGCUGACAUGCUUUAUCAUUUGGGAUUGCCCUUUAUAGGCAGACUUCAUUCUGGCAUCGACGAUGCGAGAAACAUAGCUCGUAUUACGAUUCAACUUUUGCGAGAUGGAGUGUUGAUUUACCCUAAUGAACGAUUGGUGAUAGACCGUAAUCGCUCGGUCGACGCUCAUAUAACUUUCAUUUCGAGUUCGAGUAUGUUAGAAGAAGAAGAAGAAUCAGCUGAUGUGAUCCUCGAUGUGAUCCGAAUAAAACGAGAACUGGCAAUAGAAGCUUCCACAGAGGAGUUUCUCAAGUCUGAUCGAAAAGUGAGAACAACCGUGGAAAGAUCCCCAACUUUGAACCGCGGAAAAGAAUUACCUUGUCCUGAGGUCUCGGAAAGUGAACCGCAAACCAGUGAAGAUGCUUUCAACGUUGUGCUGAAGCCGCGAAACAGAGCCGUUCGUUCACUUGCUGCGAACUUUUGA